AUGCUGCCGCUGGGCCGGCACCGGCUACUGCUUGGCAAGGAAGAGAGCGAUACCCGGCACCCCGAGCCCCCCGGUUUGCUCCGAACGUGAUGGCUUUGACAACGUGGGCUCUUGGCCCCGCUCUGCGGCUCUGUGCCGCUGGCCCUGCCUGCUCCUGGGAGAUGCUGCACGUGGCCGGAGCAGGUGUGUGCGGCUGCUGCGGUGCCCUGCGUCCUCGCUACAAAAGACUCGUCGACAACAUCUUCCCUGAGGACCCAGAGGAUGGUCUGGUGAAGACCAACAUGGAGAAGCUGACAUUUUACGCUCUGUCUGCCCCAGAGAAGCUGGAUCGCAUCGGUGCCUACCUCUCUGAGCGGCUAAUCCGAGAUGUGAGCCGGCAUCGAUAUGGGUACGUGUGUAUUGCCAUGGAGGCACUGGACCAGCUCCUCAUGGCCUGCCACUGCCAGAGCAUCAACCUCUUUGUGGAGAGCUUCCUGAAGAUGGUGGCGAAGCUGCUGGAGUCAGAGAAGCCCAACCUGCAGAUCCUGGGGACCAACUCGUUCGUGAAGUUUGCCAACAUCGAAGAGGACACCCCAUCUUACCACCGCAGCUACGACUUCUUUGUCUCCCGCUUCAGCGAGAUGUGCCACUCCAGCCACGACGACCUCGACGUCCGGACGAAGAUCCGGAUGUCUGGCAUUAAAGGCCUGCAAGGAGUGGUGAGGAAGACGGUGAACGACGAACUGCAAGCCAACAUCUGGGACCCACAGCACAUGGACAAAAUCGUGCCCUCACUGCUCUUCAACUUACAGCAUGUAGAGGAGGCCGAAAGCCGCUCCCCCUCCCCGCUGCAAGCCACCGAGAAGGAGAAGGAGAGUCCUACGGAGCUGGCGGAGAGGUGUCUGCGGGAGCUGCUGGGCCGAGCGGCGUACGGCAACAUCAAGAACGCCAUCAAACCCGUACUCAUCCACCUGGAUAACCACUCACUCUGGGAGCCGAAGAUCUUUGCCACUUGCUGCUUCAGGAUCAUCAUGUACUCGAUCCAGCCGCAGCACUCCCAUCUCGUGAUCCAGCAGCUCCUGGGGCACCUGGAUGCCAACAGCAAGAGUGCGGCCACCGUGCGCGCAGGCAUCGUGGAGGUCCUCUCGGAGGCAGCAGUGAUCGCAGCCUCCGGAUCUGUUGGCCCCACGGUGCUGGAGGUGUUUAACACCCUGCUGAGGCAGCUGCGGCUCAGCAUCGACUACGCGCUGACGGGGAGCUACGACUGCGCUGCCGGCGUCAGCACCAAGAUCAUCAAGGAGCACGAGGAGAGGAUGUUCCAGGAGGCCGUCAUUAAAACCAUAGGGUCCUUCGCCAGCACGCUGCCCACCUACCAGCAGUCUGAGGUGAUGGUCUUCAUCAUGAACAAGGUGCCGCUGCCCUCCUCGCAGCAGUCCAUCGAGGCUGGCAAAGCUGGGGAGAACCGGAAUCGGCUGACACAGAUAAUGCUCCUGAAGUCCCUCCUCCAGGUCUCUGUGGGCUUCCAGUGCAGUAACAUGCUCACGGCACUUCCCAGCGCCUUCCUGGACAGGCUGCUCUCCGCAGCCCUCAUGGAAGAUGCUGAGAUCCGCCUCUUUGUCCUUGAGAUCCUCAUCAGCUUCAUCGAUCGCCAUGGGAACCGGCAGAAAUUCUCCACCAUCAGCACCAUCAGCGACAUCUCGGUCCUGAAGCUGAAAGUGGACAAAUGCUCGCGCCAAGAUACUGUCUUCAUGAAGAAGCAUGGCCAGCAGCUCUACCGGCACAUCUACCUGAUAUGCAAGGAGGAGAGCAAUGUGCAGGCUCACUAUGAGGCUCUCUACAGCAUGCUGAUGCUCAUCAGCAUCGAGCUGGCUAACGAGGAGGUCGUGGUGGACCUCAUCCGCCUGGUGCUGGCCGUGCAGGAGAUUGCCCAGAUCAACGAGGAUAACUUGACAGCGUACAACCGCUGUGCGCUCUUUGCCCUCGGUGCAGCUUACCUGAACCUCAUCAGCCAGCUCACCACCGUGCCCACCUUCUGCCAGCACAUCCACGAGGUCAUCCAGAUGCGGCAGAAGGAAGCUCCCUAUCUGCUCCCUGAAGAUGUGUUUGUGGAGAGACCCAGGUUGAGCAAAAGCCUUGACCGCCUGGGCCCGGAGGUCUUCUUCUGGCAGAGCAAGAUCAGCGAGGUGCUGGGCGGCAGCGGCUACAAUUCGGACCGGCUGAGCACACCCUACAUCCCCCAGCUGACGGAUGAAGAUCGCUUGUCCAAGAGGAAGAGCAUUGGUGAGACCAUUUCCCUACAGGUUGAGGUGGAGUCGAGAAACAGUCCUGAGCGAGAGCAGAGAGCACCAGCAGAAGAGAUCACAUACGAGACGCUGAAGAAGGCGAUAGUAGACAGCGUCGCCGUGGAGGAGCAGGAGCGGGAACGGAGGCGGCAAGUGGUGGAGAAAUUUCAGAAAGCCCCAUUCGAGGAGAUCGCCGCCCACUGCGGUGCCCGGGCGACGCUGCUGCAGAGCAAGCUCAACCAGAUCUUCGAGAUCACCAUACGGCCACCGCCAAGCCCCUCCGGCACCAUCACAGCUGCCUACGGCCAGCCCCAAAACCACUCCAUCCCGGUGUAUGAGAUGAAGUUCCCAGACCUGUGCGUGUAUUGAGGGCGGCUGUGCUGGUAGGGCAAAGCCACCACCGCACAGCUCGCACCGAAGGACCUCCUGGGGAGAGACUGCUGACCCUGUGGGGAGCGCAUCCUCGUGCAGGACGGGUGGGGACACGGACACCGAGGUCACCCCAAGAUUCAUUGGCACCACAAACCCGUCUCCCGUACUUUAUUUUGUGACCCUCUGCCUCCGCAACCACGUUUCGCAGCGGUUGGUGGUGCAGGAGGCUCAGGGCACAGCGGCGCGGGGAGGUGGGUGUUUGCUGUGACCUCCCUUUCUGGUUUUGUUUUUCGGGAAGGGGAGAGGAGAUGCUCUGGCUCCGGGCAGAGCACGUUGGGUAUGUACAUCUUCCCAGCAUAAAGCAAAUCUGGUCCCUGGGGAAUCCCUCCCCGCAUCAUCUAUCGGCCACGUCAAGAGCCCCAGCAAGGGGCAGGGCUGAAGCUGGAGGGUGUAAAAGGCAGGAGGGGGUCUGGGGUGCAGCGUGCCGGAGCCUGGGGCAACCGCAAAACCAAAGCCUCCUCGAGCUGGUGCUUGAGGCAGGUUGCUAGAGGGGGGGACAGUCCCCACGCCCAGCUCCUGGCCUGUGAGCCUGCAUCUCCCCAUAGCCCCCUCGUUGCGUGGCAAAUUCCCCAGGGCGCUUCACGGUGCCCCGAUGCCCUGGACGGACGGCUUGCCCGGUGCAGCACGAGGGUGGCGAUCGUCUCAGCCCAAUGUGGGGGCACGCAGCAGCCUGGCUGGUUCCAGGUCACUUGAAAACACAAUUUCUUUGGGAAAACCCACUUUUUGGGGGAAAAAAACCCACAAGAGCUGUGCCUCUCACCCGGGUCACCGGCAGGCUGCUCGCGGGGGGCUGGUGCGACUGAGCGCACAGGCAGCGUGCCCGGGCAUGCAGUGGGGUGCCUGGGGCGGUGACACGAGGCACGAGCAACCACCAUGCUGGGGAAUAUUAACACAUUAACCCACUGUUUUCAUACUUUUGGGUCGGGUUUUCACAGUUUUGGGGUUCCUGUCUCAAAGAGAGAAUUUUUUUGUUUUGGUUUUUUAAGCAGAAUCACUUUGACAAAGCCCAGUCUUAAAUCAGCUGAGCCAUAAUCACAAAGAAAUCCCAGUACUGCAGGAAAUAGCUGCGAUAAGAGGUGUUUUAGAGGAUACACCCUGCAGACCCUGCAUCUGGCGGGCCGUGGAUCGCACCUCUUCUUGUGCAAUAGGAUAAAACUGGAUUUGGGCUGGGGGAGAUGAGCCUAUCGAAAGUUUUGCUUUAGACACACGUGGUAGAAAAAUUCUGGGUCCUACCAAACCAAAACUGCAAGGUGAAGACAGUAGGGACGGGGGGGAAAGGUCACUUGGGGGUAUUCAGUUGUUCGCAGGGGGUAUUCAGUCAUUUGCAGGAGGUGUUCAAUCAUUCACAGGGUCUCUCUUGCUCCCAAAUGCCUUUCGAGUAUCGGUGCACUAAGGCUGUUCACAAGGCGAGCUUGGGCACGCUUCGCAGUCGGGUGGCCUGCAGCUUCCCCACCAUUGCCAUCCGAGCAGCCUGGGGGUCCCUGGGGGUCUCUCCUGCGAGCUCGGGCAGCCCCUUCCCCUCCGGCCAGACACCCUGCUUCUGUCUUCUUUGCCACGUGAAGAGACACAGCUUUAGACAGCUGGAGACGUGGGAGCUGCUUCUGCACAUCGGGGAGGGACAGCAGGUAAAGGCAGCCGCUCGGCGUUCGCGCCGGCUCUGCCCGUGCCCUGCUGGGUUGCUUCAGCCACGACCUGUUUCUCUGCCACCUCUUGCUGCAGAUCUUCAGGCAGUUAUUUUAAGCUUGUAAUUACACUUUACCAUCCCCCUUUUUUUUUUUUUCCUCGGUGGCGGAUACAGUUCGCAGUUGCCCCAAGGUCACCACUUGUUUGUGUGGUCAUGCUGUAAUCUGGGCUUAGGAAAUGAUCUAGCUUAAGAGGACAGGAAAAACAAGGGUUUAUUUUAGUCCCUGGGCUGGAUCACAGUGCUGCCCCACUCCCAGUGUGGCUCUGCCAGUCCCAGUCCUGCCCAGUGCCCGAGCCUCUCCCUUUGCUGCUGCCUCUCCUCAGGGUCCCCGUGUGUCUCCAUCCCCUGUCCCCAAGCCCUUUUUGCUCCCCGGGUUACGCCUGGUCCCGCUGGAGCCUGAGUUUUGGCUGGGACAGGUUUUGGGGUCGGCAGCAGGAACGUGAAGCAGGCUGCUUGGAGAAGAAUUGUUUGCUUUUGUGGCUGUUUUAAUGAAAAGCACUAAAAUUUUUAACAAAACGCAGUAGGAAAAGCAAUUAACCCCCAAAUUGUGUGUCCACAGGAAAAACACCUCCAAAACUCUUCAAAACCACAACGAAGGUGGGAAGAUGAGCACAAGGUUUGCUCACGCUGAAGGAGGGGAGCCACAGGGACAGCACGGGGCACAUCUUGGGGUGCCCAUCAUCCUUUUUGGGGCAAAAAAUACCCCCGGCCUCUGCUCCCAGGCGUUGGACUGCGGGUUAUCCCUGCGGAGCAGCCCCCGGUCCCUCCAGUCCCGAUGCUUUUCCCUUGCUCUGCUCCAUGGGACCCUGCAGCGGGGCCGGGGCCAUCACCUCCCAGCCGUCUGCAUCCCCCAGCAUGUCUCACCGCUGCCCCUCCGCAUUUUGGGACCCAAACUCCACCUGUAAAUGUUCCCCCCAGACACACACACGGUGUAAGUGACCUGUUUGUACAUCACGUUUAGUUUAGAUAUUUGUGUACGUAUAGAUGACAAAGUAUAUUUCUAUAAAGUCGUCAGUUUAGGUGCAUGUGUGCAUUUCCAUCUCUGUAUUUCGGAGCACUGUGGUGUUUCCAUGUGUAGCCGAGGGCAGGGGGUGAGUGGGUUGUUAAAAGGGCCAAGAAGCCGUUGAUAUUUUCAAAUGCACCGUCUUAAUGCCCUUUUCAAAUAAAUGUUGAUGUUGCCACCUUA